AUGGGGGGUGACCCUUUAAAGAGGAAUCAGAACCUGUACAGUACUUACCAUAGGGAUAAGGGGCAUACCGCUGAACAAUGCAGAAUGUUAAAAGAUCAUCUGGAGCAGUCAGUAAAGGCGAGGUAUUUGAAAGAGUUCAUGGUGGACCCUAGCAAUCAGGAAGCCGGGCAGAGUGUUCGGACUCGUGGGAAUCCUCUCCCACCCCCAUUAGGAGUAAUAGAAGUCAUCCACGCGGCCCCAAGGGGUGCUCAGGUGUCCAAGAGGAGGGGGGUGCUGGCUGUGGUACCGGCAGGAAGUUGCGUGGGUGAGCAACCCUCCGAGAAGAAGUUGAAGUACACUCGGGAUCCCAUCGCUUUCAAUGACGAUGAUCUAGAAGGCACAAUUCAACCACAUGAUGAUGCUUUGGUGAUUACAGCCCGAAUGAAUGGUUUCAUAAUAAAGAGAGUAUUGAUAGAUCAGGGGAGUGGUGGCAAGGUGAUGUAUCCCGACCUAUUCAAAGGGCUUAGCCUGAAGAAUGAAGAUCUCUCUAAGUAUGACAUGCCCCUAAUGGGGUUUGAUGGUCGUAUGGUGAUCCCAGAGGAGCAGAUCUCGCUUCCUGUGAAUAUGGAAGGUAAGGAGGUGAUGGUAACAUUCAUAGUGGUCGCUUCUUUUUCUUCGUACACGUUGAUCCUUGGAAGGCCGUGGAUUCAUGCAAUGGGGGCUGUACCAUCCACCCUACAUGUGAAGGUCAAGUUCUGCACCGAGUAA